GCAGCAUUCUUCCACUUUCUUCUUUAAUUAUACAUUAUGGAUUUUAUCAGUUUAUUUCAUAUCGAUUUUAUCAUGGUAUCAGAGCCGAAAUCCUGGAAACAAAAAAUCUAGUCUCUUUUGUUCUCCUAAUUUUCUUUGUAGUGCUAAUGUGAAUAUGGCAUACAAAUUGUCACAUGCUCAUUCUUGGAUAAUUGAUUCCGGAGCUACUGAGCAUAUCACUUGUAGUGAUAUCAAUCUUUUUAAUAUUGUUAGCCUUGUGCCAGAAUCGUCAGUUAAAAUUCCUAACGGAGAAUCAGUUCUUGUUCACGCUGUCGGAAGUUUAUACUUACUCAAUGGGCUCCGUCUUGAACGUGUUCUAUACAUCCCAAAAUUUCAAUGCAACCUACUUUCAGCUAGUCGUCUAACUAGCGAUUUAAAUUGUGCAUUGAUUUUUUUCUCCGAUUUUUGUGUCUUUCAGGACUUAUCCUCGAGGAAGCUGAUUGGUGGUGGUAAGUUCCGUGAUGGUCUUUAUUAUCUGGAGUGCUCGAGGAGUGAGGGGGUGGCAAUGUCAGUUUCCAUUACCUCUGAUUUAUGGCAUCAACGGUUGGGUCACGCUUCUGAUGGAAAGAUACAUCACAUUAGUUCACUCAAAGGAUUUCAACGAACUAAUAAUUUUUGUGAUCCUUGCAUCCGAGCCAAGCAGACUAGACUACCCUUCCCUACAAGUACCAUUAAGACAACUCGUUGCUUUGAAUUGAUACAUUGUGAUAUUUGGGGACCCUAUCGGUGCGACUCAAUCUCCGGUGCACGGUACUUCUUAUCUAUUGUUGAUGAUUUUACUCGAGGUGUGUGGGUUUAUUUAAUGAAGAAUAAAUCUGAAGUGUCUCAGUUGCUAAUUCAAUUUUGCAACAUGAUUUACACUCAAUUUGAGCAAAAGGUCAAACGGGUACGAGCUGAUAAUGGUGUAGAAUUUCAAACCAACAAUUUAAUUGAUUAUUAUGGGCGCACUGGGAUAUUAUUAGAAACAUCGUGUACAGACACACCACAACAAAAUGGAGUUGUAGAACGUAAGCAUAGACAUAUAUUGGAGAUUGCAAGGGCUUUGCGUUUUCAGUCUGGAUUACCUAUUGAUUUUUGGGGCGAAUGCAUUUUGACUGCUGUUUAUAUCAUAAAUAGGCUUCCCUCGCCCGUUAUUUUCAACAAAAGUCCGUUUGAGAUGUUGUUUGGGAAAUUGCCGAAUUAUGACCAUUUACGGGUGUUCGGGUGUUUAGUAUAUGCACACGACAAUAAAAGAAAAGAUAAAUUCAGUGAAAGGGGGAGUCCUUGUAUAUUUAUUGGGUACCCGUAUGGACAAAAGGCUUAUCGAGUUUUUGAUUUACAAAAACAAUCUGUAUAUAGUUCUCGAGAUGUAACAUUUUUUGAAGACAAUUUUCCAUUCAAAAGUGUUGAAAACAAGGAAAUGGAUUUUGGUAUUCUAAUUGAUCGAGUAUACCAGCAAUUGUUAAAUCAAAACUCUACAGCAAAUAGUCCACCAUCCUGUGAUUCAUUUUACCGCUCGGGCUCCAACACUGAAGCUCAGCCGUUCAUUCAAAGAGAGGGGCCAGCGGUUGUUCGAAAGGAGAGUAGGUCCACAGGAACACAUGCCAGUGAGUUUUUUUUGGAUGCACACAGUAGCUCCGCACAGCUCCCAGAUCAAGAAAGGAUAACAGGGCCCACAACAAUGAAUGCAGAUAAAAAUAAUAUCAUCCAAAAUGGGAGCCUCCCUGGUGUGGUGAGCGUGGAUACCAGCGGCCGAAAUGAGAGGGUGAUAAGCAGGUCUCCAAUGAGUAUAGGAGAUCUCCCUGGUGAUAGCAUUAAUGUUUUGGGUGGGAGCUCACAAGUGGAGCAUCACCAACAAGCAGGUACAGGGGGUCCUACACAGGAAUGCAUGGAUGAAAGAACUUAUUUGGAUGGAAGCUUACAUCCAACUUUCCAGACAGAGGGGUCUAGUCAUGUACAAUCUCCAGUUAAUGGUUCUAAUAAUAUCACUGUGCCUCAAAAUGAACCAAAGAGAGGUGAAAGAAUUAGAAGACGUCCGAAACACUUACAAGAUUAUGAGACUGAUUUGCCCCCCUCGCUAGACCAUUCACAGACCACUGAUCAAUCAGCUCACUCGAUGGUAUAUCCUAUUUCCAAUUUUAUUAGUUAUGAUAAAUUUACACCUACUCACAAAGCAUAUUUAGCGGCCAUCACUUCACGUGAUGAGCCGAAAAAUUUUAAACAGGCCGUACAGGAUCCUUUAUGGAGAGCGGCCAUGCAGAAAGAAAUUACUGCCUUGGAAGAAAAUAAGACUUGGACCCUAGUCGAAUUACCACCGGGAAAAAGAGUUGUGGACUCUAAAUGGGUUUAUAAAAUUAAAUAUAAACCUAAUGGCGAUAUAGAACGCUACAAAGCUAGAUUGGUUGCCAGGGGAUUUACUCAGGUUGAGGGAAUUGAUUUUCAUGACACAUUUGCACCGGUGGCGAAACUUGUCACGGUGCGAUGCUUACUAGCCAUUGCAGCCAAGCGCAAUUGGAUAGUUCACCAACUUGAUGUAAAUAAUGCAUUUCUCCACGGAGAUCUUUCCGAAGAUGUUUAUAUGUGUAUUCCCCAAGGUUUCCUCAAGAGUGGAGACACUCGUGUUUGCAAAUUACAAAAGUCCUUAUACGGACUACGUCAAGCUUCCCGCAACUGGCAUCAAAAAUUUACUCAAGCUCUUCAUGGCAUAGGCUUUCGUCAGUCCCGGGCAGAUCACUCUUUAUUUAUUUUCCAACAAGGUCCAAUCACUACUUUUGCUCUUAUUUACGUCGAUGAUGUCAUUUUGGCCGGAAACAACGCCCCUCAUAUUUCCACCGUCAAAGGUUACUUGGACACGCAGUUUAGUAUCAAAGACUUGGGAAAGUUAAAAUAUUUUCUUGGAAUUGAAGUUGCUCGCUCUCCUGACAGUUUUAUUCUAAGUCAAAGGAAAUAUACUCUCGACAUCUUAGAGGAAAGUGGUUUUCUGGCGGGACGCCCCUGCUCAUUCCCCAUGGAGCAAAAUUUGAAACUUCGCCCAGACGAUAACAGCCCACUAGUGGAUGUCUCUUCAUACCGAAGACUGAUUGGCCGGUUGUUAUACCUCACGGUAACCCGCCCAGAUAUUGUUUACUCUGUUAGUCAGCUCAGCCAAUUUCUCAGCAAUCCACGCCAAACCCACCUAGAUGCAGCCACACGUGUCUUGCGCUACUUGAAACAAACACCGGGCCAGGGCAUAUUUUUAUCGUCCGAUCCUGAUUUCGGGUUGAAAGGAUAUUGUGAUUCUGAUUGGGCAGGAUGUCCCUUCACACGUCGCUCUAGUACUGGAUAUUUUAUCACCAUUGGUACUUCCCCAGUAUCUUGGCGCACGAAAAAGCAAUCUGUUGUCUCCCGUUCUUCUGCUGAAGCCGAAUACCGUGCCAUGGCCAUCACAAUUAGUGAGAUAUUAUGGCUACGUUGGCUACUCCGAGAUCUUACAAUCAACCACACGGGUCCCACUCCUCUUUACUGUGAUAAUCAAGCAGCACGUCACAUUGCACUUAAUCCUGUAUUUCAUGAGCGCACCAAACAUGUGGAAAUGGAUUGUUACUUUGUCAGAGAGCGCGUUGCCAGUAAAGAAAUUCAGCCAUAUUCCAUACACACGGACAAUCAAGUAGCAGAUAUUUUUACCAAAGCGCUCGGUGCUGAUCGAUUUCAAUUUCUCCGGAGCAAGUUGGGUGUUUGUGACCUUCACACUCCACCUUGAGGGGGAGUAUUGAAAUGUUAUCACGUACUCUGUAUUAUUAUUAGAGCACAUGUACUGUAACCUCACUGUAGUACACUCUUGCGUGAACACAUGCAUGUAUAUUGCAUGGACCAUACAUGCAUGUACCUCUCCUUUUUCCUAUCACACAUUAUCAUUAUUAUUAUUGUAGUAUAAGUAGGCAUGCACGCACCCUCACUACAGGGUGUAGCAUUCUUCCACUUUCUUCUUUAAUUAUACAUUAUGGAUUUUAUCAGUUUAUUUCAUAUCGAUUUUAUCAAGAGAUUCUACUUUUGUAUGGUCA